UUUUAAAUACAAUGGGAAACACAACAACUAAAUUAAAUAGAAAAUUUGACGGAUGGCUUAAAAAAGCCUACAGUUUCAUAUUCAAAGAAGAAGCGCUUAGCGAAAUUUCAGAUGAAGUGUUAUCGUAAGAUGAAGAAAAUGAAAAUUCAUUUGAGUUAUAACAAAAUAAAGAGCCAUAAAAUGAAUCUGAAUAAGAACUAGAUUAUUAAAUAGAAGAAAAUGUAAGUAUUCAUUCAGAUCAAAUGGAAUCUAUAAUUUGUACAUCAAUAACAAAAGAAGAACUGUUACAAGAUAAAAGAAAGGCUUCUACUUUACUCCUAUUUGACUUUGACUCAAAAAGAGUCUGCAUAAAUAAAGAAAGUAUGACCGAAUGA